AUGUCCUCUCCCCCCGAUAUAGACCCCUAUGCGACCCUGGGCGUGCCCAAGGAGGCUGCCAUAUCCGAGAUCCGGGCUGCUCAUCGCAAACGAGUCCUCAAAUGCCACCCCGACAAGAUUCAGGACGAGUCCCAACGGAAUGCCGCCCAGGAUGAGUUCCAGCGCGUCCAGCAGGCCUACGAGUUGUUGUCCGAUGAAACGCGACGAGCUCGCUACGACCACCGAGCCAAAUUGGCCGACCUGCGUCGGGAGCUCCUGGAACGCAGACGGACGACCGACUCGACGAACUAUUCUUCGCCACGUGCCAUGGGGUCCAUGGGUACCUCGCGCGAGUAUCGUGAUGGACGCAUAUACGAGGAACGAGUGCCCCAGGAGGCGUUUUUGGAUGACGAAAUGCGCUUUACAGAUGAACCGAGGCCCAUGUCACGCAAGUACGAUGAUUUUGGGAUGAGGUCGAAGCCAAAGUUCGGCGAGGAGAAGAGGAAGUCCCGGACCGUGCCGGUCAGCAGCUACCGAACCGCGAAGGAACAGGCCCGUGAUACCGCCAAGGCCACGCAUUCCGAGCGAGCUAAGUAUCGCGAUAAGGAGCGGCGACGCCAGGCGUGGGAAAAGUAUGAUCAUGCGGCAGCGCAUGGAGAGUCGGACGACGAUGCAUCGGAUUCCAGUGUUGCGGCCGGUGCGACGUAUGUUCGCCUGCCCCGGCUCAAUCGCCGGUCUCGUACGGCGGAUUCUCAGACAGCGGAAUCCUCGCGUCGACGUGAGCGAUACUACGACGAUGAAAAUGAAUAUUCCGACAAGCACCGCAGCCUGCACACCCAGGCGGAGGACUACAUUGAGCGAUCGAAGAUCCCCAGUAGUAGUCGUCGGCCGCGGGUAUCGCGGUCCCCACAGCGCUACCGUGGCUACGAGUCGGCGGAACCAGAGUCGUCCGCUUCGCGGCGCUCGGCUCGGUCCACCCCCAGGCGCCGCUCCUCGUCCCGCAACCCGUCAUACGAUGAUCUGGACUCCUCUCCGCGCCCCAAGUUUCCCCCUAAGAUGCCCACGGCCGCAACAUCUCCGACCGUGAAGAAUCCUCGCCCUUCAUUGUUUUCGACACGGUCCGCCACGGCGACCGCCUUCACCCGACCUAAGUCCGGUCGUCAGGAUUCUUCAACGCUAUACAACAUGGCCCAUGAAACCAUCCCAACGCGCUCCUCCAAGCUGCACCGGUAUGACUCCGGGUACUCCAGUCCCAGCACGCCCGAGAUGCCGGCAAGAUCGAAUACGCCACCCAAGUCCUCAACCCGCUACAAGAUCGUGACAGAGCCCGAGGAUCUUCCGCCCUCCAAGCCCAAAUACCAUCGCACAAUCUCGCCCGAGCGCACAGAGCGUUCGACACCCAGACCUCCUCCCAAGCGCAGCACCACAACUUACUCCUACACCUCGGAGUCCUCGCCUCGCAUUGAAACGCUGAAACCACGCGCUGAGCGCGUGUCUUCGGCACGACCUUCUUUUCGUGAUGUCGAAUACACAACUCGCGUGAACGAUCGGGAUGUCAAGUACGCUCGCGAGAUUAGGCCCGAUGAUGUCCUCUACUCUAAUCGCAAGGCCUAUUACGACACUCACCGUGCUCCUCCGCCGGGGAGACGGCAGUCGGCCACCGCAUGA